CUUUUUCAGUGGUUGUUGCGAGCAUUAGGAUUUCACACCCAAUUCUUAGCCGCCCGUGUCUUCAACCGCUUCACACAGUGUUAUGGUCCUCCAUUGGACCACUUGGUCAUUUUGGUAGACUUGGAUGGACAGCAGUUCCUGUGUGAUGUUGGGUUCGGAGAAGGUUUCCUGGAACCGUUAGAGCUGAAGCCAGAGGUGGAACAAAUUCAAGAAGGAGGCAUAUUUUGGUUGAGCCUGGAAGGAGCCACCUGGGUCCUGGAAUAUCGGGAAAUUUCUGGAGAGAAGGAGAGAUUCCUCUAUAAAUUCACUCUAGAGGAAAAGAAGCUGGAAGAUUUUUAUGACAUGUGUCUUUACCACCAGACUUCACCCUGUUCCAUCUUCACCUGCAAAUCCUUUUGUUCAUUGCACAAAGCAGAUGGAGGACGUUUAACCUACAUAGGUCACCGGCUCAUUUCCACCACGGGAAAGGAGCGUACGGAAACUGCCUUGCAGGAUUCCGAGAUCCCAACCGUUCUCUUUGAUAAAUUUGGGAUCAAACUGAAGAACUUUGAACCUAAGGACGAAAAAAUCCUGCCACCUCCUCAACAAGAUUAACUAGUGGGAUAAGAUCUCUUUUGGAUUGUAAUGGAAUAUGGAAUUGGGCAAGUUGCAUCUAUUAAGGAUCUAUGGCUAUCUCUUUAACUAGAUUAAUUCCUGGGGAAAGCCAAGGGUGAUUACUUUUAUGUUUUAAUGAAAUAUGAAACUGGGCAGGUUGAUCUAUUAAAGAUAAUGUCCAAGAUCAUGCUUGUGAUUCUAUAAAGGUUAAAAGAAGCUUUAAGUUUGAUUUAAGUUUGGAUAUCCU